AUUUCCUUCUUCUUCUCUUCUCUCUCACACAGCACAAAGGACCAACGAUUCAUUCAUUGAAGAAGAUGAUACAGAGAUUGAUUCCUCUAAAUCGAAAAGCUUCGAACUUUACUCAGAUUCUUGAGAAAGGUACUUCUUUAUUACACUAUUCUAGUAUCACCGAAGCGAAGCUUUCUUAUAAAGAGAGAUUAAGGAAUGGGAUUGUUGAUAUUAAGGUUAAUGAUGCUAUUGAUCUCUUCGAAUCCAUGAUUCAAUCUCGUCCUUUACCUACUCCAAUCGAUUUCAAUAGAUUGUGUAGUGCUGUUGCUAGAACGAAACAGUAUGAUUUAGUGUUAGGUUUCUGCAAGGGAAUGGAGUUGAAUGGGAUUGAGCAUGACAUGUAUACUAUGACCAUUAUGAUCAAUUGCUAUUGUAGAAAAAAGAAACUUCUUUUCGCAUUUUCUGUUCUUGGGAGAGCUUGGAAGCUUGGGUAUGAGCCUGAUACAAUCACGUUUUCGACUUUGGUUAACGGGUUUUGCCUCGAGGGUAGAGUUUCUGAAGCGGUUGCGUUAGUUGAUCGGAUGGUGGAAAUGAAGCAAAGACCGGAUCUUGUAACCGUUAGCACUCUGAUCAAUGGACUUUGUCUAAAGGGUAGAGUGUCUGAAGCUUUGGUUUUGAUUGAUAGGAUGGUUGAGUAUGGUUUUCAACCUGAUGAGGUUACUUAUGGACCGGUUUUGAAUAGACUGUGUAAGUCAGGGAACUCUGCUUUGGCUUUGGAUUUGUUUAGAAAGAUGGAAGAAAGAAAUAUCAAAGCUAGUGUUGUUCAGUAUAGUAUUGUUAUUGAUAGUCUUUGUAAAGAUGGGAGCUUUGACGAUGCGCUUAGCCUUUUCAAUGAGAUGGAGAUGAAAGGGAUUAAAGCUGAUGUUGUUACGUAUAGUUCUCUUAUAGGAGGUCUUUGUAACGACGGUAAAUGGGAUGAUGGUGCAAAGAUGUUGAGGGAGAUGAUUGGAAGGAAUAUCAUUCCCGAUGUUGUCACAUUUAGUGCUUUGAUUGAUGUUUUUGUGAAAGAGGGGAAGCUUCUAGAGGCUAAAGAGUUGUACAAUGAGAUGAUCACAAGAGGUAUAGCUCCUGACACCAUUACAUAUAAUUCAUUAAUUGAUGGGUUUUGUAAGGAGAAUUGCUUACAUGAGGCUAAUCAGAUGUUUGAUCUGAUGGUUAGCAAAGGGUGCGAACCUGACAUCGUGACUUAUAGUAUUCUCAUAAAUAGCUACUGCAAAGCUAAGAGAGUUGAUGAUGGUAUGAGACUUUUUCGUGAGAUUUCUUCGAAAGGAUUGAUUCCUAAUACAAUCACUUAUAACACUCUUGUCCUAGGGUUUUGUCAAUCGGGAAAACUUAACGCCGCCAAAGAACUCUUCCAAGAGAUGGUUUCUCGUGGUGUGCCACCAAGUGUUGUAACUUAUGGUAUUUUGCUGGAUGGUUUGUGUGACAAUGGUGAACUAAAUAAAGCAUUGGAGAUAUUUGAGAAAAUGCAGAAGAGUAGGAUGACUCUUGGUAUUGGUAUCUAUAAUAUCAUCAUUCACGGGAUGUGCAAUGCUAGUAAGGUCGAUGAUGCUUGGAGUUUAUUCUGUAGCCUCUCUGACAAAGGAGUGAAACCUGAUGUCGUGACAUACAAUGUAAUGAUUGGAGGACUAUGUAAGAAAGGCUCGUUGUCUGAAGCCGAUAUGCUGUUUAGAAAAAUGAAGGAGGAUGGGUGUACUCCGGAUGAUUUUACGUACAACAUUCUUAUCAGGGCACAUCUUGGAGGUAGUGGUCUAAUCUCUUCAGUUGAACUCAUAGAAGAAAUGAAGGUGUGUGGGUUCUCUGCAGAUUCUUCCACCAUAAAGAUGGUUAUUGAUAUGUUAUCAGAUCGUAGAUUGGAUAAAAGCUUUUUGGAUAUGCUUUCUUGAUUGUCUAAUCUGAUCUACAAGAGAUAAAGAAAAUAUUUUUGUUUGUAAUUCCAAAUCACUAAAAUAUUGUACCAAGCUUGGGGCUAUUUAUAAAGUAGAUGUAGUUGUCCUC